AUGCUACAAGCCGCGAAAGCCGGAGGCGCAAGCAUGGUUGCGAGUGCGGUGAGUUCCGGCUCGAGGUCAGGGCAGGCGUCUCUGCCGCUGCUCCCGCCGGGUUUCCGCUUCAAGCCGACGGACGAAGAGCUCGCGUCGCACUAUCUUUACCCGCGCGUGCGCGCCUCGGACGACGGCAGGCGGGCGCUGGCGGCGCUGACGGACAAUGGCAAUGAAUUAGGGCCUGCGCCGGACUGCAGCUGGAUUAAUAUCAUCGCGAGUCUGGACGUCUUUGAUUGCGAGCCGUGGCAACUUCCACCGUGCUGUCGCAUAGGCGACGAGUCGUACUUCUUCGCCCGUCGAAGUCACAAGUAUGGCCAUUCACGCCGCACCAACCGCUGCACCACCCGCGGCUACUGGAAGGCCACCGGUAACGACCGCACCUUGCCGCUCCCGCCCGUUACCGCCGCCGGCGGGGAGGGAGCUGAGGAGGGGGAGCAGACGGCGGAAGCACAGGGGCAGGGGCAGGGGCAGGGGCAGGAGCAGUAUUGGGUGCCGAUGCUGCAGCUAAGGGAGGGAGUGAGUGUCGUGGGGAUGAAAAAGACGUUGGUGUUUUACGAGGGGAGGGCGCCACGUGGCAAGCGCACCGACUGGGUGAUGCACGAGUACCGGCUGGAGCAGCGGAACAGCCAUGCCAUGGCCGCCAACGGCGGGGGCGGCGGUUCCGGCAUCGGCUCUGGAAGGAAGCCCGUGGGCUCUCUGGUUCUGUGUCGUGUGCUCUACAAAGGCGCGCAGCCUCCAUCCGAUCCCGCCGCCGCCGACGCUACGCAGCUUAACGCAACCGCCACAGUCGCGCAAACCGCCGCGCCUCCCGCUUCCGCCGAUGGUGGCGCGGACCUCAUGUUUGGAUCAGAUGACAUAGGCAAGAUGCUCCAGGCAGUGGACGGCACCAUCACGAACCCGUACGAGGGCUUGGAAAAUGACGGGCUGUGGCUUGCGGGGCCUUCGCCUCUGGAAGGCGGAAACUUUGCGUUACCGUCCGUCGGCGCUGGUUCUGGUGUUGGCGGUGGUGCUGCUGCUGCUGCUGCUGCUGGUUUUGGUGGUGUUGGAGGCGGUUGGGAGCAGAGCGGCAGGGAUCCUAACGUGGACGCUGCGAUGGCAGCUGCAACGGCGGCAGCUGCAGCGUCAGGGUUUCCAGUUGAGGACGUGAUUAGGGGAUGGACGGAGGAGCUCGCGAGAAUCGUGGCGCAGGAAGCGCCCUCCAAAAGGCGCCGGUGCCAGGCGGCUGCUCUGGCUGCGGCUCUUGCCGGUCAAGGAAAUGCGGCUGCUGCUGCGCUUGCUGGUAAAGGAGCGGUGGAGGCAGAGGAGGGUGAGGAGGAUUCGGAGAGCGAGGACGGGGUUGGGAGUGCGCGGGAGACGUUUCUGGGGGGAUCGGGUGAGGAGAGUGGGGAGAGCGAUGGGUUGGAGUUGGAACGGGGGCGGGGUGGGGUGGGAGGGAGUGGUGGUACGGCUGUUGGGGCUUCGAGCAGCAGUACCUGCAGCAGCUCUGAGGCUAAUGUGUUGAAGAUGCAGCAGGCGAAUGCAAGGAGGCUGGCACUGUUAGUGGCGCAGAAAUGCACGGUCUCAGCAUCGCAUGAAAGGAGGACAAGUCCAAGGGGUAAUGGGAGGGAUGAUGUGGCUGCUGGUGUUGAGGAGAGUGAGGAGAUAGGCGAGCAGGAGGACCGUGCUGGGGACUUCUCGGAUAUGGCGACUCCUGAAGAUGGGGAUCAGACGUCGGAGGCUCUUUCGUCAGAACAGGCGUCAAAGAAUAAUAUCUGUGUCGCUCUUCGUCAGAUUGUGCUGCAGAAGGGCCGGCCUAUGCUUGUGGUGCCGCCAAAGGGCCGGCUCCACAACAGCACGCCUGUUCCGCCUAUUGCGCCGCGGUUCGGCGCGAUUUUAUGGGCCAAUGUGAAGGCACCGAAUCGCGCCUGGCGACGAGUCUCCGCAUCCGGCGCCGCUUCUUCCGUUGACGGAGAAGCCCCUCGCGCCAACGACGAGCCGUCAAAAGCGGCGGGAUGCGAACGCGUUGGCGGAAACGCCGUUGUCGCUUACAGGAGCCCGAGAGCGUCGCCACCGUCGCCACCGUCGUCCACGACGCAGCUGCGACAGCUGGAACCGUUUGGGAGUUCCGUCGCUGUGUCUGCGCCCUCGGAACAAGACGUGUGCGACACGUCAGUGGUCCACGUCACACUCCCGCCGCAGUCGCUGCCAUUGUCGCCGCUGCCAUCGCCGCCGCUGAGAUCUGUCGUUCCCCGCUCGCCGCAACAAGCGCCAGCGCCAUUCGCGGCUCCUGUUCCGCGCAGGCUCGAGAGGCGCAGGUCGUUCCCGCUGCAGAGCGCCAGGAGGAGCGACAUUGGCGAAAUCAGCGAAUUCUGCGAAUUUGGCGAGUGCCUGAUCGAGAGAGGCUCGGCGACCACACCCACUGUUCCAGCUACUGCUGCUGACGACAGUGAUGGUGGUGAUGGUGCUGAUGGUUCUGAUGGUGGUGAUGGCGAUGUGGUUACCGGAUCAACACUGCCGACGCUACUGGAUGAUGCUACAGCGGCUGUUACCUUCCAAGAGGUUCGGCCGGGUGUGACUGAGAUUGAGGAGGGGGCGGUGGGUGAGGAGGAGGCGCCUGAGUGGGAAUGUGGAGUGGUGCGAUCAGAGGGAGAAGCUGAGGUGGAGCAGGGAGACAGUCAGCUGGAGACAGAGGAGGAUGCGGAGGGUGGGGAGAAGGGUGGGGAGGAGGGUGAGGAGGAGCGUGGGGUGGAAGGUGCAGAGGAGGAUUCAGCAGCAGGAGAGGUGGUGCCAGAAGAGGAAAGAGAGGCAGAGAAAGGGAUUAGCCUAACGCAGGAUGGCAAUGGUGCGAUGGAGGACCAGAGCAAAUCCAGACAGCUGUGUGAGGCUGAGAGCAGUACUGCUGGGCAGAUCGUUCCCUCCACUCGCACUUUAACUGAGAAUAUCACUCACUCUUCCCCUGAGACUUUCACUGAGACUCCCAAUGUGAAUCCCAGUGAGAUUUCUAGAGAGACUUUUGUUGAGGCGUCUAAGCACUUACCCGUGGAAGAGCGACUGGAUGAUGUGGGCGGAGAGAUUAACGAGGUGGGAGGUGCGGAUUUGGGGAGCAUGGACGGGGGAACCGGGUACGCUGGCAGCAGGAGUAGUUUUGGCAGCACUGGCAGCGUUGGUAUCCUUGGGAGCAGUGGAAAUGGAAGCGCCAGCGGGUAUGGGAGAGGCAGCUACAGCAGCAGCAGUGGCGGAGGUGGUGCUGCUGCUGUGUGGGAUGCAAUGCUAAUGGAAGCUCUCUCGCCUCUCCCUCGAGAUACCCUUCUCACCCGGCCCUUCACCAUGCAGCGACGACUCUCAGAAGUGGACCAGGAGGCCAGUGACUCUCCUGCGUCACCCACGCUCUCUCCUUCAAUCUCCCUCUCACCAGACCCCUUCCAGGUCUUCUCCCGCUCCACCUACCGUACCAGCUACGGCACCCAAAGCGCCCACCACCCCACCAGCACCGCCCGCACCAGCCGUGUCAGCCGCAGCAGCCACACCACUCGCACCAGCCGCACCAGCCGCACCAGCCAUACCAGUUAUGGCACUGGCACUGGCACUGUGCUCUUCCCUGCGCUCUUCUCACCUGCCCUAUCCGGGCGUCCCGACAGCUCUUCCGAUCGAGAAUGGUCUAGUCCUGUUAUCAGUAACAGGCUGACCCGUGCUGCUAGCAGUGCGGCGACUGGUGCUGCUGACUGGGCGGCAAGAGGGAGUGGAGGAGAGAGUGGGAGAGGUAGUGGUGGGUGGCGCUGGGGAGGGAGUGAGGGGAGGGGGAGUGGUGGGUGGGGCAUGGGGGAGGGGAUGGGCGAGGGCAUGUGGACGGAGGGUGGUGCGGAGCAACUGUCGUAUGAGGAGCUGCUGCUGCUGGAUGAAGGCAUUGCACCGAGGGGGCUAACUCCGCGGGAAUUGUGGGGCCUGGAUCGGCUCACUGUGACCCAGGCUGACCUGCACUCACACCCAGACUGCCAGAUCUGCCUUUCUCCUCCAGUGGAGGGCGACCUCUUGGCAAAUCUCCCUUGCCACCACACCUUCCACAACGCGUGCAUCACAACAUGGUUUUGUCGGAACCGCACCUGCCCACUCUGCCGCUUCGAGAUUGCUGCCACCAGCUAA